AUGGUUGACCUUAUGAUCCAGUCAGGCUGCGACGUCCAUUGUCGAACACUUGAGGGCAACACUGCUUUGCAUGUAGCCGCCCAGAAACGUCAACCAGAAGUCAUCAGAAGUCUCAUCCAAGGGGGAUUGCCUAUAGAUGUUGGAGGGAAAGAAAAUCAAUCGGCAUUGUACUGUGCCAGCCGAUUGGGUUUGUCUAAUCUUGCUUCCAUGCUGAUCGACCUUGGCGCAGAUGUGAAUCGCGUCACAGAUUCUGGAUUUGCUCCACUCCACGAUGUAGCCGAGAGUGAUAAGGUUGUGGUCAUGUAUGUUCUGUUAAAACACGGCGCCAACAUUAACUGUGCCGAUUCGUCAGGCCGUACUCCGGUCAUGAUGGCCGCAUCAGGGGGCUCAGAAUCGACCUUUCGCAUGCUGAGGGCUCAUGGUGCCGAGUUGAAUAUUGUCAGUGAUUUGGGCUGGACCAUACUCCACUUUGCCGCACGCGGAGGCUGUGUUGGCAUUGCAAAGCUCCUGGUCGAAGAUGGAUAUGAUCUGAACACCAAGGAACUUGGACUUGGGCAUACUCCUCUACUAACUGCCGCCAGACAUGGGCAUUUGGAUUUCAUCCGAUACCUCGCAGAAGAGGGCGCGAACAUGUAUGCGACAUCGAGCCGCGGUGAGAAUGCUGUUCAUAUUGCCUGCCCCGGCGGCGAAACAAAGCACAUCGCAGUGGUGAAGCUUCUUAUUGAUCUGGGCCUUGUAUGUGACCAGGCGAGUGACUCUGGGCAUACACCACUCAUGCUUGCCGCAGAGCAUAAAAACCUCGCAUUGGUAACCAUGUUGGUCGAGCACGGUGCGAAGUUGGACAUUAUCACUGAGAGCGGAUACGGUCCACUGCAUGCUGCCGCGCAGGGGGGGAAACGUCCGAGUCCUUGA